CAAAAUAAAUGUCAAGUGAAAUGACCUUGCUUUUUGUAAACAACCUAAAUUUGAUAAAAAAAAAGUGUUCCUGGUUGUUGUGCAUAUUGAAAUAACAAUUUUCCGUUGAAAAGCUGUUAUAAUUUUCGGUUGAUACAAAAUGAAUAUCGAUUUCGAGACCAUGGCUGUUUUGGAAGAAGAAUCACAAAACGAGUCUGUGAGCGGCGGCAUAUUCGGCAGCGUGGGCGCUUCUAGUGCCGACGGCGGCGAGCGGCGCGAGGGCGGCAAGCGCGGGCGCCGGCCCGGCAGGAAGGCGCAGCUGGAUAAGCAGGACAUGAAGGCUAAACUGGAACGCAGCAGACAGUCGGCCCGCGAGUGCCGCGCGCGCAAGAAGCUGCGCUACCAGUACUUGGAGGAGCUAGUGGCUGACAGGGAGCGCGCCGUGCUCACGCUCAGGAAGGAGCUGGAUAAGUUCUACAAAUGGAAUCAGGAGUUAGACCAAGGCCGCAUGCCUGAAGGCAUCGAGGCGCUUCUGCAAGAAAUGGGAACUGUCAAGCAAGAGGACGCCAAACCAUUCUAGGCGUUAAGUUAAGUGACAUAAGGUUGGGUUUUAACUGCUUGCUGAUUUAGGGCUGAUUUUUUAAUGGUCAGAUAAAAGUUAUUUGGAGUUUAAUGCUGCUGACAGCAACAAUUUUAUUCCUCAGAUAACGUUUAUCCGACCAUUGAAUAAUCAGCCCUUAGAUUUGUAUGGCACUGGCAAGACUACGCCUAAUAGUUUUUAGGCGCUAUGUGCAGUCAAAUUUGUAUGACACUGAUAAUCUAUGGAAAAAAUGUCGAUUAGUAUAAACUUGUAACCAUGUAACUUGACCAAAGUACAUAGUCACUGUUGCUUUUGUGAAAGAAUGAUAAGAGAGGAUUUGGAACGCGUCCUUGCCGAGGUUGGCUGGUAGAAAAUGCUUUGAGCAUUAAGUCAACCUUUUGUAAACUAAAACUAAAGUAUAAUACUGGUCAAGAUGAAGUGUUUCCUAGUUUAACAGUGUCAUCACAAUGCGACUGUCAUCAUCAUCAUCAGCUAAUAAUCAUCCACUGCGACUAUAGAAACACAUUUCUAAAUUAAUUAGUAAACAGUUAAAACUAGACUAGUCUUUAUUUUAUUGGUCUUUUUUAUUUUCGAUGUGAAAUGUUUUGUUUUAUAUUUUCAUAUAUUUAGUAUCAUCGUUUCGUUAAUGUUAAUUUAAUUUUAAAGAGGACUUAUUAUUAAUGCGUUCUAUAUCUACGUUAUUUUUUAAUAGGUAUGUAAUAUAUAAAUUGUUGUUGUGUGUCCAACAUGUAUAUAUUUUAUUGAUGCCAUCACAGAUGGUAUACAUACUCGUCAACUAAGUGAUAAAAUCAAUUAGUUUUCAAUUUAAUUGUAAGUUAAUACCAUAGAUAGAAGUAUCUUUAUUUGUAACAUUUAUCGUUUUCGUUAAAAAUCGUAUAAACGAACUGUUCGGUUUGAAAUAAUCAAAAAAAUGUUUUCUUUAUUUUCUAAAUGGGGCUAGGCUUGUUGUAUUUUUUACAUCUUUCUAAAGGUUUUGAAAUGUUCUGUAGGUACAAUUUUUUAGGUAAUUUUUUUAACAAUUACUUUAAUUUGUAUUUUAUAGAAUACCUACAUGAUGUCGAUUCUGAAGGCAUUUUCAUUUACUUUUAGUGCUGUCAAACUAUACACAUUGCCAGCGAAAAAAUAGAUUUACGGCAAUGCUUA